UGGUCUCAUUAUUCAGAGAUGGUGCAGUAAUGUCAUAAUGUGUGUCACUGCACAGGAUGCUCUGGCUCUGAUCAGAUUAGACGAGCUGUUUCUGGAAACGUUUGAAGUCACAGACGUUAAACCUCUGAAAGGAGAUCACUUAUCCAGAGCCAUCGGCAGGAUAGCAGGGAAAGGAGGAAAAACCAAGUUCACCAUUGAGAACGUGACCAAAACCAGGAUUGUGCUCGCAGACACGAAGGUUCAUAUUUUGGGAUCUUUCCAGAACAUCAAAAUGGCACGAACAGCGAUAUGCAACCUGAUUCUCGGAAGUCCUCCAUCAAAGGUGUAUGGCAACAUCCGGGCGGUGGCGAGCCGCGCAGCCGAGAGGUUUUAACACACAGCUCACGGACUGAUGCGGAAAUAACCGUUUACAUUAUUAGUGCCGUAUUAGCGUGACGAUACAGUGACUGAGCAGUGGAGCUUCACAUAAUAAACACUUCAUGAAUUGAAA